AUGCAUGAAAACUUGCCAAAUAAUGGCCAACAUUCAGAACAGGUGUCAGAACAGGUGUCAGAACAGGUGUCAGAACAGGUGUCAGAGCAGGUGUCAGAACAGGUGUCAGAACAGGUGUCAGAGCAGGUGUCAGAACUGGUGUCAGAACUGGUGUCAGAGCAGGUGUCAGAACAGGUGUCAGAACAGGUGUCAGAACAGGUGUCAGAACAGGUGUCAGAGCAGGUGUCAGAACAGGUGUCAGAACAGGUGUCAGAACAGGUGUCAGAACAGGUGUCAGAGCAGGUGUCAGAACUGGUGUCAGAACUGGUGUCAGAGCAGGUGUCAGAGCAGGUGUCAGAACUGGUGUCAGAACUGGUGUCAGAACUGGUGUCAGAACUGGUGUCAGAGCAGGUGUCAGAGCAGGUGUCAGAACAGGUGUCAGAACAGGUGUCAGAACAGGUGUCAGAGCAGGUGUCAGAGCAGGUGUCAGAGCAGGUGUCAGAACUGGUGUCAGAACUGGUGUCAGAACUGGUGUCAGAACUGGUGUCAGAACUGGUGUCAGAACAGGUGUUUUUUCACCUGUUUUUUUUCAAAGUGUUUGAAAAUGUUUGA